GCUAGGGUUAUCCCUCUCACCCAUCACUUCAUAAACGACUCGCAAACUGUCCUGAGCCGAGGUUUCGCUUUUAGUUUAGACAUGAGCGUCUUUCUUAUCUUUUCGAUCUGUCUUCUGAAAGAAGGAUUUGCAGCUGUGGUGGACACAUCUGCAACGGUGGAUGCGAGACUAAACGAAGACGUGGAGCUAGGAUGUCGAUUACAAGAGUCCAAGUCUAUCAAUCAGAUCACCUGGCAGAAGAUCACCGGAAGCGCUGUGAAUAACCUGGCUACCUACAGCGAAUACUUUGGGGCGAAAGUUUUGGAACCAUACGAACAGCGAAUAAACAUUUCGACAGCAUCUCUUAAUGUAACAUCGAUCAGGAUAAAAGGAGUGCGAUCUGAAGAUGAAGGAUGUUACCGAUGUUUAUUCAGCGAAUAUCCGACUGGCUCUGUGACUGGGAAGACGUGUCUCGUAGUACAUGAACUUUAUGAUAUAACAACAAAAUCCUCCAACAUCUCUGCAACUGAAGACACAUAUUUCCUGAUGUGCUCUGCCACCGGCAAGCCGGCUCCGGAGGUGUUCUGGAGAACAUCUGAAAACAAAACUCUUACUGCAGAGGAGCAGCGCACUGAUAACGGGAACGGGAGAGUGACGGUCAUAAGCAACUUAACGUUAAAAUACUCUGAUGGUGUAUACGGAGGAGUAGACUGCAUAGUGAAGCAUCCUGCACUACAGAAUGCCGAAAGCAGACAUUUCGUUCUACUGUACGAGAAAACAGAUGAACCAGCGAAAAAGCAAGGCUCAUAUUUAGUAGAAGUUGUAAUCUUCUCUAUUUUUGGAGCAGUUGUUCUCUACUGCAUAUACAGAUACAAAACGAAAGGAACAAAUAUACACAAGGAAAUGAUGGAAAGGAAUCAGUGCGGUCCACUUUUCCGUGUCUGAAACAGUCUUGGCUGAAUGGACAUACAGUGGGGACAUUUCAACAUUUACUUCACUGAAAUACACUACUUUUAUUUAUUUUAUAAGGAUAUUUAUUAAACAAUGCAAUCUUUUAGUGUGUAUUAUACAGUGUCAUCAAUUUACUUUCAAGUUUUUGCUAAUUUCCUUUCAGUAUAUACAUAUUCAGAUUCUAAGCUAGACAUUUUAUUGUUUGUGGGUAAAAGAGAAACUGUGCAGAUCAAAUGCCUUUGCUCUUUAGUUUGAGUGUGUCUUAUAAUUGUCUAAUGUGAGAAAUCUAGAUUAAUGUUUUUGGCAAUGUUUACAAUUCAGUUUUGAAUAUGUCAGUAAUUGUUAUAGUUAUCUUAUUUACAUGUUUGCACAACUAAAUCAACCUAGUAUUAUGAAGUACUGAGAAAGUGGUAAUUGAUAAAUGUGAAGGAAGUGAAAUUAUCAGUAAAUAAUGGCAAAAAAAAGCCUUCUUUUGUGGUCAGUAUGAUACCUUACUAGCUAAAGAGCUGUAAAUUGUAAGAGAGUAUAGAUAGAUAGAUAGAGAGUGAGUGAGUGAGUGAGCGAGAGAGCGAGCGAGCGAGCAUGUACAUACAUAUAUACUUUAUAUGUCCAAAGGGGGGAAUUCCCUUUAAUUCCAAGUGACUCACUUCAGCUACCUUGGCUUCACUUGAACAAAUAUUGCACUGUAUGUUUAUAACGCUUUGAAAUGAGGUUCACUGUGAUGGCUGCUAUAUUCAAUCAAGCCUGUUCUGUUACGGCUUGUUUUCUGUUAUUUUGUUCAGGUCUGACGCAAUGCUCUGUAAAUUCAGUUAGUCACACGUGUUGUACAGUAGUUUUCUACCUCGAUUCUUAUAUUGCACUUUUAAAUAUUGUGAAUUAUGUUGAUGUAAAUAAAAUGUACAUUUUGAAGUUAUAAAAAUAAUAGACUACUACUAACCGAAAAGAGAAUGCCACUUAAGUAUUAUAUUAUUCAUAAAAAAUCUGUUCACAAAUAUUUUACUCAUGGCUUGCACAAGCCCUUGAAAGUGAUCAAAUGUAGCUUUGAAUGCUAACACUUUGCAGUUGGGACUACCUUUAAUGCCGCUAUUCGUCAGCCAUGCCAUAUACAAAAGUCUUAAUAGUUUGUUUCGGUUUUACCAAACGCCAAGUGAAGUAGCCAUUCCUGUGUUUCUACAGUGUGGUACAUUAGUAGUUAGUGACUGUGUAUUCUUAAAAAUGACUUGUGAAGAAAGGCUUUAUUUGGUCUUAUCAUUUGUUUUUAUAUUUGCUGGCCGUUUAUGUAAGUUUGGAUUGCUUAAAGACAUUAUGUCAGUCCACUCCAACCUGUCCAAAGUGAGAUUACUCAAACAAUAUUUUUAAUCCCUUAUUCUUAAAUGUAUAUUUAUUUAUCUUAAUUGAAAACUAUUUAAAAAAAUACAGAUUAUUAAAAGGUUUUAAUUAUUGUCUUUUUGGCAUUUAUUGCUCUCUUCAUUUUAAUUAAAGGUAUGGUAAUACUUCUUCUUUAGAAUGAAUAGAAACUGUGUAAAGUAUUAAAUCAAAAUUUUGAUUAAACAAGUCCCAGACCAAAUGCUUUUGGAAGUUAGUAGGGCAUUAGGACAAUGUUUUUGUAGCCCACAUUUUAGAGAGAAUCCUUAUUUCUGUUUACUAUUAACUAAUGAAGUGUAUUGCAGAAUUAGAUGAAUAGUACUUUCUAAGUCAAUAAGACCAAACAAAGCUUUUGUUCAGAUCAUGCUAUUUA